AUUUUACUAAAAGGAAAGAAACGGGGUUCGGACUCGAGGGUCCAUUUCAAAAGUUUAUGAUACACAUUUGUUUGUCCAACUCUGAAGAUUCCCAAAUCCUCCGAGGGUUCGCUGUAUCCAACAAUCUUCUUGCUCUCCUUUCGUCGAUUUAAGUGCAUUGAUGAUACACAAUGUCUGAGAUAAAGACUUCUGGGAGACCAAUUGAUCAAUUAUUGGAGAAGGUCCUGUGCAUGAAUAUACUUUCUUCAGAUUACUUUCGAGACCUUUUGAGAUUGAAAACUUACCAUGAAGUGAUUGAUGAGAUAUAUGUUACUGCCACCCAUGUGGAGCCAUGGAUGACUGGAAACUGUAGGGGCCCUUCAACUGCAAUCUGCCUUCUCUACAAAUUCUUCACUAUGAAACUUACUGUGAAGCAAAUGCAUGGGUUGUUGAAGCACCCAGAUUCUCCUUACAUCAGAGCUAUUGGGUUUCUCUACUUAAGAUAUGUUGCAGAUCCAAAGACAUUGUGGAGUUGGUAUGAACCAUAUUUAAAAGAUGACGAGAAUGGACAGCAUUCUUUAAGUUGGAAUUGCCUUUGAAGGAAAAUAUUGAUAAUGAAGUCAAAUGAGAUGAAUUGCUUACUGGUGAUGUGGUUUAUAGUUGUAACAUCUAGUGAAGGUAUAUGACUAUUGUAGUCAAAUAGUGAGAUCUGGAAGGAACAUUGCUGUCUUAAAUUGUACUCAUUUCUUUCUAUUUUCAUCCACCGUUACACUUUUGGCAUGUUCCCCUUCAUUAAUAGGGUAUUGUGCCUACAUGUUUUGCAUGAUUGCAUUAAUUGAUAUUUGGCAAGAUAAUCAAACACAUCAGUGGAAUUACACAAUCAUAUGCAUCAUAGAAGUCCAUUCUUGACCUGCUACCACUGUUAGGUUGUACUGUUUCUCUUGAUGUUAAUUUCAUGCCAGGUUUUAGUUACUGCCCUAUCUUUCUUUGCCUUCUAGUGACAUUGCCAUCUUUCUCUAUGGGUUAUGUGUGGACAGAAUUUGCAUAUGAUUCACGAAUCUUCUGUUCUGUGAUUCUCCUGAUGGCUCAGGAUGGAAGGGUUUCACAGUUUGUCAGUGGUCAUCAACAUGAUUCUCGUAAAAGUGAACUGCUUGUGUGAUAAGACCUGAAUUGACAAAAAAUCUUGUUUUACUUCCAAAUGCAGUUAUACAUGUAUUAGUUAUCUUUUCUAAUCAUUUAUUUAAUGCUGGGGUUGAGGCUUUAGACUUGACAUGGUCUUUGAUAAUAAGAUGCAAGGAUAUAAGUAGCUCUGGGAAUAUUUCUUUCAGUAAUUUGCAAAAUUUUCCUUAGUGGUAAGAAGCCAUGGUCAGAGAGCUGUAUAGGACUUGAUUGUACAAUUAUGGUCUUGAAUUUUGUUUGUUGACCCGUGAAAUUUAAUUCUAUCUCAAGUACGUCU